AUGCUGCCCCCCGACUCCCCCUCUGAGCUGGCCGACCGGCUGCGUCGGCUUUGGCGCCGGCGCAGGGUGACGUGGAGGGACGACGUCCAGGAUGGGCCAGCCGCCAAGAAGAAGAAAGAAGAGGAGGAGAAGAAGGACGGCGACAAGAAGGACGACGAGGAGAAGAAGGACGACGAGAAGAAGGAGGAAGACAAGAAGGACGACAAGAAGAACGAGGAGGAAGUGAAA